AUGCAAGUUGUUAAUAUGUCUAAUAAACAAAUAAAGAACUUUAACUUGGAUACCAUUGUAUUAAACAUAUUAUUAUGAAUUAGAAUGCUAUCUAUGAUACACAUCUAAAUUAUACAAAAACUAGAUCAAUAAAUUGUAGUCAUAAUUUAUUAGGUUCUACAGAUGGUUUUUCAUAAUUCUAAUGUUUAUACAAUUUAGAUUUAAGUCAUAAUCGUAUAAAUUAGUUCUUUUAAUUGAGUUCAUGUUUGGUUGAAUUAAAUUUGGCUCAUAAUUAAUUAGGAAGUGUGUUUGAUGAUUUUUAAAAGUCUUUAAAAUCUUAAGGUACUCGUUUAUAUGUUGGUUCAUUUUUAUCGAAUUUAAAGAACUUAAGAAUUAUUGAUUUGAGUUAUAAUAGUAUAUCAUCAAUAAGUUCUAAUAUAUUUGAUAAUAAUAUUCAACUUCGUAAAAUAAGUUUGAGUAAUAAUUAACUAUCUUGUGCAUUAUGGUGUUUUACUAAAUUAGACAAUCUAGAAAUGUAAAUUAAUUAUUAUUUAUAAUAGAAUUGAUGUUGGACAUAACUAAUUAAAUUUAAAUGAUUUAAAACCUUUAGAGAAAUUAAAAUUAGAAAGUUUGAAUCUAAGAUUUAAUCCAUUAGAGAAUGUAGAUAAAUGUGAAGAUAAACUAAUUAAAUAUUUACUUUAUACUAGAAGAAUAGAAUUAUCAUAUACUUAAUUAGAAUAAUAAAUAAUUAUUAAUUCUAAAUAGAGUUCUAAAUUAGAUCAUAGUAUAAAUAGCAAUGAUUCUAUGCAAUAAUAAACAACAGAUAGAUCAACUAUUACUCGUUUAAGUAAAGUCAGUAAUAGACUUGCUAGACCUAAAACACCUUAAAAUAUUAAAAAUGAAAAUUAUUAAAUUAACAGAACACCUGUUAAAGUAUAAAAUAUUUAAGAAGUUAAAUAAUACAAAGGAGAAUUAUUAAAAAAGAAUAUAAGUAUUACUCCUAAAAAAAAUAAUCAAAAUAAAACACCAAAGUAAUAACGAUAAUCUUGUAUCAAGACUAUUGAUUAAAAUGAGGAAUUAAUUAAAUAAAGAGAUUCAUAUUAAUUAUAAAAAUCAACAAGUAAGAUUCCUGCCUUAAAUUUAUAAAUUUUAAAAGUAACUCCUUUUCAAUUGAGUGAAGUUAAUUCUGAAAGAGAAGAUUUUCCAAUGUUAUUUGAAGAAGAUGAUGAACAGCUAUUUCUUGAACAAUUAAAGAUGUUAGGAGAAGCUAUUAAAUAAAAGAAAUAAUAAGAAGUUAGUAUUGAAAGAUAAAUUACUAUGAAUAAAAAUAUGAUUUCUUUAAUGAAAAUCAUGAUCAAAGACAGUAUCUUUAUUUCUAUAUAUAUAAGUUUAUCUCUAUAAUAUAAAUGAUUAUAAUUAAGGCUUUGAUGAUGUAAUGACUGAAUUACAUACAAAAUUAUAAUCCAACAAUCCAAACUUCAAAGAUAUCUAACUCAAACUCAUGAAAUUUAACAACGAACAUUCAGAAUUAAAUUAAAUGUACUCAAGUUUAUAGUAAUUUCAAAGAAUUGUUGAUAAUAUUAAGUAAUAAUUAAUUUGA